UCGACUUGUCACCUACUUUGGUCUGAUGGGUCGCUGUCAGAACACAUCGAUGUGUUUGUUGCACAUUUACGAAGCAGUCUGUCUUACAUGUACAGAGCAAAGAAAGUUAUGUGAAAAUUAUGUUCGGCAGUCAGGGCAUUCAACCCGUAAGUGUUGUUUUUAACAACACAAAAAAUUGCUUUCUUCACCUCCCCUCGAAGUUGAUAUCGCAUCUUUCCCUGAACGAGAACCAAGCUUUGGAAUUAUCCUGGGGCCAUGGAUCUCCAGUGUUCCUCAGCUGGACUCAAAGCAGAACCUCCUCCAGCCUGGACAACCACAAUGUGGAGUUGUGUCGACAACUGGGAGUGAAGCUGGGGCUAAAAGAUGGAGAGCAGGGCUUCUUAAGACCAUGUCAUCAGGUCUCAUCAUUGCAUCAGGUGUUUGUGGAGCCUCUGUCACCUGAUGACUGGGAGAUCUUGGAGCUCCACAGUUCUGCACUGGAGCAGCAGCUUCUGGACCAGAUCAGAGUGGUUUAUCAAGAUGCCGUGUUCCCUGUGUGGGUGGACAACCACACCGUCAUCUACGUCCAAAUAGCUUCACUCUCCCCAUCUGUGCCCUACGGUCGCCUGGAGCAGUUCUCAGAACUCGUGGUGUCUCCGAAGAUACAUGCUGGAAUUGGCAACCUCAGUGUUUCUCAAGAGAGAUUCAACCAGAAUCAGGAUUCUGACAGACUGCAAAACAUGGAUUUCGCCUCCCCCUCAGGACUACCACCAGAAAGUAUCACUCCUCUUCCUCACAGCCACCAAUGGGGUGGCAUAGCUGACCUAAGGAGCCUGUUUCGCCAUGUGAUAAAGGGAUCUUAUGACCCGGUGAAAGAGCAUCCACCUGUGCCUGACAUUCCCGCCCUUUUUACUGACUCUAUCUACAGAGUGUGCAGUACACCUCCUGACUCCCUUCGCACCAUAAGCCAUGUUGCAACAAGCGUUAUUCACUUAUUUCCUUGGAGCCACAAUUUGAAUGCAAGGCAGCUGAGUGGAGUUCGCUCUCCAGUCACUUAUGGCCUUCUCUCCAAAGUUCCAUCCCCUAAAGAAGCGAGGGACAGAACAAAGCAGGCAAUAGAGAAAAAGAAGAAUGUAGGAGCUACUAAAGAUACAGCUGAAGGAGGAGAGGAGGUUAAGGAAGAGGAAGCCAUGGUGGUCAGGACAGUGUGCCAUGGUACUGGAGUGUUAGCAGGCAAGGAGAGAUGUCAAAGCAAGGGAGAGAUCCAUAGGGGAAGAGUAUGGAUCCCACAUUCAUUGGCCAGCAGAUUAAAGAUCUUGCCACAUUCAACAGUCAGAAUUAAGCCAGUGAAAUCAGCUAUUAAAGUAGCUUCUACUAUUCGCCUACAACCACUAAAGCCAAUGCCUGAGGAGGAUGAUGAGGAGAUUCAGACAGCUUUUCUUGGUUGGCUGCACACGCAGAGUCAUGAACCUUUAGCCUGUCUGACAGCACGGUCUGGCACUGUCCUCCUACAUGGAACCGAUGCAAAGUUAGAGUUUGCUUUAACUGUGCUGAAACCAGAACCACUGAGCGACCCUCCAGACCAGCUGUUUCUACUAGCACCCACUGUUAUCCAAAAAGAGCAUAUACAGGUAGACAGAGAGCCUGUAGCUGAGCUGGUUGUGAAGACUGUAGCUGAAACGCCCAACCCAGAGCUUCCCUCUCUCAGUAUUCUUGGUGCAAUUGAUGAGCUUGCUAGGAGUGGAUUUGAGUUUAUCUCCCACAGCCUUCUGGGUAGUCCGCUCUCACAAGAACUUGGCUCUACCGGACGGGGACUCCAGGGUGGAGCACUGCUCAUCACUGGUGCUAAGGGGAGUGGGAAGAGCUCUCUGUCCCGAGCUCUCUGCAGGAAAGCCAGAGAAGAUCUGGAUGCACAUGUGGAGGUGGUGGACUGCAAAAAGCUACAAGGAAAAAGGGCAGAAACUGUGAGACAGAUUGUGCAGGACAUUUUUGAGCAAGCAGAAUGGAAGCAGCCUUCAGUUGUUCUACUUGAUGACCUGGAUCAUUUGACGCGGGCGGCAACCUCACCUGAACAUGAGCACGGCCCUGAAGCGCUGCUUCACCAGCACAUCGCACAGAGUCUUAAGGACGUGGUGGAUGAGGUGGUGGUUCACUCCAGCCUGGUGUGCGUCGUCAUCACCAGUCAGAGUGAACAAUCUCUCCAGCCCUCUCUGACUGAGGUGCAGGGCUCCCACUUCAUCCAGGGAUUUAUAAACAUCCAGCCACCAGACCAGGUCCAGAGAGCUGAGAUCCUGCGCCAUCUGAUCCUCAGGAAGUCCUGCUUAUCUGAAGAGACCUUACAGACUCUCGACCUGGGGACUGUUGCCAAGGAGACAGAGGGAUACACACCACAAGAUCUGGCAGUGCUGUUGGAGCGGGCUGUCCACACUAGCACUGCACAAAGAGGACAUAGUGACCAAGGUGUGUGUCUGUCAUGGAGGGACUUUGCGCAGGCUCUGAAAGGAUUCAUUCCUCCCUCAUUGUGGAGUGUGGACCUCCACACCCCAAGUGGAGUUGGGCUGGAGAGAGUAGGAGGGCUAAAGGAGGUGCAACAGGAGCUAAUGGACACCAUACUGCUCCCUGCUAAGUAUCCCAUCCUGUUCUCCAAUCUUCCCAUCCGCCAUCGCUCUGGAAUUCUGCUGUAUGGAGCUCCUGGUACAGGGAAGACGCUGCUGGCCAGAGCUGUAGCCAAAGACAGCGGUAUGAACUUCAUCAGCAUCAAGGGACCUGAACUUCUGAGUAAGUACAUAGGAGCCAGUGAGCAGGGAGUCCGUGAUGUCUUCCAGAGGGCACAAGCUGCCAAACCGUGCAUCCUGUUCUUCGAUGAGUUUGACUCUCUGGCUCCCAGGAGGGGCCACGACAGCACGGGUGUAACAGACCGUGUGGUCAACCAGCUCCUCACCCAGCUGGACGGGGUGGAGGGACUGCAGGGUGUGUAUGUGCUUGCAGCCACCAGCCGCCCAGAUCUAAUUGACCCGGCCCUGCUGAGACCUGGACGACUGGACAAGUCCCUCUACUGUCCCCCUCCUGACCUGGAGGCUCGUGUGGAGAUCCUGAAGGCUCUGAGUGCAGGCGUCUCUCUGGCUGCUGAUGUUGACCUGGAGCAGCUGGCAGUAGCGACCGAGCAGUUCACCGGGGCAGACCUGAAAGCGCUGGUCUACAACGCACAGCUGGAGGCUGUCCACAACAGCCUGGGCACCAACACACCACAUGAUUUGACUUGUGGCUCAGACAGCGACAUGAGUCUGUCCUCCAUGAUCUUCCCAAACAACUACAGCACCUCUGAUGAUUCAAUGGGGGAGGGAGAGGCAGGGGUGGGGCUGGACCAGUCCAUGGUGCUGCUGGAGCACAGUGAUCUUCGAGUAGAAGAACAACAACGUCCCAACGUCUGGAGGCUGUACUUUGGAAGUUCCUACGAGUCAGAGUUUGGAAAUUCACCUUUUUCAGGACAGAACUCCCAGUGCGCCUCUCGACCAAACUCCAUGACCCAUGACUUCACAGGUGGAUCUGUUCGUGACCCCGUCAGCUCAGUCCCUCCUGCUUACAUGUCCUCCCUCCAGAGUGGAUACGAAGAGCUCGGUCCAGAGCAGCUGGAGCGCCUGCAACAAGACGUUAAUAACAUCAAGAACAACUUCAGGAGAGCCAACGAAGAGUGUGUCUGGGCACGUUCAACCUCCAGUCAGCCAGGCCUGGUGCUGUGUCAGGCUCAUGUGAAUGCCGCCUUGGCUGCGACCAGACCAUCCAUCAGCCAAGCCGACUGGAACAGAUACGCAAAACUGUAUGAAGGCUUUGGUGGUUCUGAAGACAGAAGAUCUCUGAAUUCUGUCACAUUUAAACCUGGGCAACGUGUGACUUUAGCUUGAAUACUCACCUAAUUCAUUAUUUUCCUGUUUAACAAUUUCAAGGAUUGAUGUCAGUUUAAAAUUAAGUGUUUCUAGAAAUGUUUUCUACUGAUUUAGUAAAUGAGACGUUUAACUCCCUGUGAAUGUGACUAAGAAUAUAAUUACUGUAAAUAUGUAUAAUGUCAGAUUAUAAAUUGCUUUGUUCAUAGAUUGUUUAAAUUAAAAAUGGAAGUAUUUCUACAA